AUGCAGAAUAUUUGAAAAAUCUUAAAGGGAAAUCAGAAUAAAACCAACAACUAAUGUCCCUGAGGGGAUUUGCCUCUCUUGAUACAUGUAUGCCUCCUCAGCCACAGAGAAACCAGUGAAAAGGGGAGACUGUGUGGAAUGAAGGAAAAGAGGAGGAGAUAAAAAAAGGAGCAGAGAGAGACUGGCUGGGGGUAAAAAAACAACAGGAAACCAACCGAUUCUAAUGCUGUUUCUGCAAAUCUUUCAGAGAUAAAACAGCGGACUGCCACGUCCCAGCCAAGCAGCAGUCACACCGGGUCUUUUCUCUGGUCAUCACUGGAAAUAAUGACAAUCUAAAGGACUUAAAGUUUAAAACGUGACGUCACUUCUGCUCUCAGCCUCCAACCGUGUGGUUAGUCAGAAUGUGAGCGGAUGCAGAGUUUUGGGAGCUGAUUGCUGGGAUUUCUAUGUGGCUGCUUUUUGACCUACAAACUCAACCUUUUCCUCUGGGUCAUAUGGAUCAAUCGCUGUGUUUUCAAGGAUCGUUUUGUUUUAAUCAUCUGGACGACUAACUGGAACCACAUGAAGAAUAAAGGGACUAAGCAGAAGUCCAAAAAGAAAGGAAGUGAAAAUGCGUUCGGCUGUGACCUGACAGAACAUCUCCAGAAUUCAGGACAAGAUGUUCCUCAGGUUCUGAUGAAAUGUGCAGAGUUUAUUGAGAAGCAUGGGAUUGUGGACGGGAUCUACAGACUGUCAGGGGUCACCUCAAAUAUCCAGCGUCUCAGGCAGGAAUUCUGCUCUGAGGCGUGCCCUGACCUUACAAAGGAAGUGUACCUCCAGGACAUCCACUGUGUGGGUUCCUUAUGUAAGCUGUACUUCAGGGAGCUACCCAAUCCUCUGCUCACAUACGAGCUAUACAGCAAAUUCACCGGAGUUGUCUCAAUCCAGGGUGAUCAUGAGAGACUUCUAUACAUUCAGAAGGUUAUCAAAGAACUGCCGACCCCUCACUUCAGGACUCUGGAGUACCUCACGAAGCACUUGGCCCACCUCGCCACCUUAAGCACCCAGACAAACAUGCAUACACGUAACCUGGCCCUGGUGUGGGCUCCAAAUCUGUUAAGAUCUAAAAACAUUGAAGCUUCAUCUGGUAACGGAGACAUGGCUUUCCAGGAGGUGCGGAUACAACAGUCAGUGGUUGAGUUUAUUUUAAACCACACAGAUCAGAUCUUCAGCAGUGGUUCAGUGCAAAUCAAACCCAAAGAAGGACCGAGUUUGAUGUGUGGGGAGAAGUACGCCACGCUGCCGAUCAGUGGCCAGUGUGGGCCGAUGAAACUGAUGAGCCUGGAAGAAGCUCAGGCCCGCUCCUUAAGUCCGAACCAUCCUGUACAUAAAGAACGUCAGCGAGAGAACAGUCUCCCUGAUACCAGCACUGCCACGCUCUACCACACCGUCAUAGACAUAUCAGACAGCAAGAGAAAGUUUUCUGGAAAAUCAAAGAAGUGGAAGUCCAUCUUCAACCUGGGAAGGUCUGUGGACUCAAAGGGAAAACUGAGCCGGAACGGUAGUGUGUUCAUAAGAGCACAGGGGAUGACAGAAAAGGCAGCUCUGCGUCCAUCCAGAAGUAUGGAGUCUUUAUGCUCCUUACCAACAGAUGAUGACAGAACAGGAAACAACAGUCCAGCUGGUGGACCUGGCAGCAUUUUUGCUCCAGAUGUAAAAUCCAGAACACUGGGAUCUGACUCGCUCUAUGACCUGAGCGAACAUGACCAAAACUGGGAGUUUAAAGGGAAGAAAGAUGGCGGGGCAGCAGGUGGCUGGAGCUCUAGCAUGAACCAAAAGGAGUCACCAGGUGCUUCUGCACCCCCUCAUAAAACACUGCCAGAGCAACUGAAGGUGUUCAAAGGUGAUGACCUCAGCGGCUACAAGCCUACGUCUCCAAAAAACAGGAGGAUGUUGUACUCGGGCUCCUCCCACAACAGCUCGUCUCGGCCCUCCUUCCCAGGAAGCUUCUUCCCGCUUGAGUCCUCGCCAAGGCAUCAGCGGCGAGCCGUCAACAUAUCUGAGCCUUUUGCUGUGUCUGUACCCCUGCGUGUGUCAGCCGUUAUCAGCUCUAACAGCACGCCGUGCAGAGGGCCCGUCAAGGACAAAGCAGCUAGUCUGAAACCCUGCAGAGAGACCUCAGAGCAGAGCAGCAACAGUGGAAAGAGCAACACUUUCCCCCAACUGCAACCAAAGAAGCAGGAAGGAACGGAGAAGAAAAAUACAGAGGAGCUGACCUCUAGAGCACCGCCAGAGGAUACAAGCAAAGAAGCUGUGCCAGAAGGUCAAGGAGGGAUGAAUACUUCUGAACUGGAACAGCCGUCCCUUGCAACUGCAAGAGAAGGCGAAGAUGCAGUGCCACCUCCUGGGAAAGAAAUGCACAAGCAGCCCAUAGCUAUACAACUGCGCAAGGAAUGUCCCACUGGGAAAGAGCUGUGGUCUGACUUCCACCAAGAACUGAAGAUAACUGAACCUGAGAUUGACCUGCUGGACGAGACUUUUAAACCAGUUUUCAGCUCCAGGAGCAUUUCUGAGGGCGCAAAGUUAACGAUGGAUGUUAAGUCAAAGCGAAGCCGCAGCUCUCCGUCCCUUUCUUUGUUAUGUAGGGAGCAGUCUUCAAAUACCUCUCUGAGUGAUCACGCAAUCGCCACUGGAUCAGGCUCGGCAAAGAAACAACCCUCUGAGUCAGAUAUCUUAUUUUCUCUUCACAAAAACAUUGAUGCAAUCGAUGAUAGAAGCAGAGAAAAUGCCUGCCCUGCUGGAAUGGUGGAUGAGAAACAGAAAAAACUGCAUCUAAAAUUAAAACCCAUAAGCAAAGAUGAACCCACUUAUACCAAGCGGUUCCAACUUGCUUUAAAGCAAUCAUGUUUAGAUAAAGUUACAAAUCCUUUGACAGCAGAGGAUUCCUCAACAAUCGGAGGCUUCUCAGGAUCAGAUCAUUCAGACAAAUCACAGAAACAUGAAAUUCCUCAAGGCGACAAAAAAGUCUCCUGUGAUGGAGCAAAGAAGAGUGUGAUUCCUGAGUUGGAGGUUAUUCAGAGGCUUUCCGUGUGUCUGGAGGAGAGACGUAACGUGGAGCUGCCAAACCUUGACGAUGAGGAGGGAUGUGCAGGGAACUCGGAGGACCUGGACUUGGUGGAGCCCUGGGAGGAUCUUAGCUCCACCAAGCAGUGGGUAACCAGCCCCCUCCACUCACCUGACAUAGAGGAGUUGUUUAACCAGCUGUCACCCUUCAGCUCUCGUGGGGAAACUCUGAGCCCAGAGGAGGGAAAGAUUUCAUCUCCUUCAGUUGAUAAUAACAAACAAUCUCCCAUGAAGAGCACCGAGCGCUUCUCAGGAAGCAUUCCUCAAACGUCCAGUUGCAAACCUGAAACUAAAUGGAUGUAUUUGCCGUCUGUACCUACACGGGUCGGCGUGAGCAGCAAUAACGCAACACAACCUCACACAGGAAAGUGCAGUUCAACAAAACAGAAGAAUACAGUGUCAUCUCAUAGGUUUUACAGACAGAUGUCUUACGAGGCAGCUGCUCCAGAGAAAAGAGAGGAGAACUGCUUUUACAAGCACAGGCCAUAUUCUCUUAAUUUAGACCUGGGGUAUAGAUGUAUCAGAGACAUUUCUAAUCAGCAAAACUGUAAUUCCUCAGAGUUUUCAUCUUGUCCGAGAGGAUUACUAACCUCGUCUGGGAAUGUAAACAACGGGCUGCCUUCUGAGUUGGAGUUGUUUCUGAAUGAUCGGCAGGCGCCUCUACGCCGAAAUUCAGCCCCGGUCAGUGUGUCAUCAGUGCGAACAGCCUUCAUGAUAAAAACAUGCCAGGCCAAAGCUGUGCCUGUCAUCCCUCCAAAGGUGCAGUACAGUCAGAUACCUCACUCCAGACACGAGAAGGAUUUUGAUGCAUUGAAGGAACAAGAAAAGGAAUGUCCUAAAAUGAGCGCAGAGAAAAGCAACGCUGCACCUCCUCAGAUGAUGUCAGAUCUAAAGGAGGAGCUGGAGAAUAAAGAGCCGGCCCCCAAACACCAAAAACACCCAAGUGUGGAGAAAUCUGCUGAGUCUGUGAAGACCACAUCUACUCCAGAACUGCCAGUCAUAACGAGGAGACACGCUCCCAGUCUGGAUGUGUUUGUAGAUUGUCCCAGACCUAACAGAGGGAACCUUCUACAAAGACCGUCCUUUAGGAACAGGCAGAGGCCUCAAAGUCUCAUCCUGCUCAGCCCGCCUUUUCCCAUCAUGGACUACCCACCGUCAGGGGACGAUGGCAAGCUCCUGUCGUCCAUCAAGGGCCUGAAUGACGCCUCAGCGGGCAAUGUCUUUUCCAAAGAGAUGGCGGAGAACUUCAGGACGGCGGAAGGGAUCACUCUUCAAAACAAAAUGACUAUUCCAAAAAGCGGACAGAGACUGGAAACAUCGACCAGCUGCUUCUACCAGCCGCAGAGGAGGUCGAUGAUAUUUGACAGCAGGAGCCACAGGCAGAUUGAGUGACUGGAGGUGCAGUCAGUGAUUAUGAGACUGAAACAGUAUAUUAGGAAACCCGUUGUUAAUCACAGGGUUUUGUUUGCUAUGAUUAAAUUCGUUUCUUGAGGGACAAAGUUAUAGUUGAAAUACUGAUUCCUUUCGCAAAAGUCAUGAAGCAUUUGAGAAAGAUUUGGUGAAGCCAUGGUGUAUACAGCAGCCAAUUAAGCAAUAAUUUUUUUCAAAAUAUUUGCCCUUAUCAAUUAAUCUGCUGAUUGUUUUCUUGAUUUGUAGAUGAAUUGUUUGGUCUAUAAAAUAUCAGGGAAUAGAAAAUUUAAAAGUUCUCGUCACAAUUUUACAGAGCCCAAGCUAACAUCUUCAAAUGGUUGGUUUUGGCAAAAAAGUGGUCCAAAACCCAAACAUUCAGUUUAUUAUCAUAGAAGAUGUAAAAACAGCUGAUAUUCACAUGAGAGAAGUUGGAACCAGUGACAAUCACACUUUUGCACAAAAAUUGUGUUAGAUUUAACUUAUAUCUGAGAUAUGGAAAUAAAAGUCUUCCCUGUCAUCCACAGUAUGUGGUACUACACAGUCAUAGUACAUCACUGCCGGAUCUUCUCAGAAGAUUUAGAUAUUUAACUAAUAAAUUAGCUGCUGCCAUUUGGCACAAAAAGAAACACUGCCAGACUUUAUAUAGGACAUAUUCAGGAAGAUGGAGUGUGAAACCUUGACAAAGAAAAAGAAAAAAAAAAAGAAAGUAACAAUAACUCAACACUUUACUGGGUUAUUCCAGAGGUUUUAAUCAGUGGUGGAAGAAGUAUUCACAUACUUAAGUAAAAGUAACUGUGCUAAUUUAAAAAUACUCGCAUCGCUACAUCGCAAGUAAAAGUGCAGCAAUAUUAUCCGCACCAUGUAGUAAAAUGUCCCCUGUGACUGAUAAAUUACUGGCCGUUAAUAAUGAUGCAGCAAAGCGUAAACAGCAUUUUAAUAAUGUUGCUGAUAGAGGAGGAGCGAGUUUUAACUCCUUAACAUACAAUAAUUUAGCGCAGUGGUUUCCAAUAAAAGCAUCAGGACCCAUGCAAAGGCUCACAGGACAAAUCUGUGGUACAGUUCUUGAGUACAUCUACUUAGUUACUUUCCAUCACUGGUUUCAACCAUAUCUCACAUUUGCUCUCUGUGAAUGAAGGUUAUUUGGUUGUCAUGGUGACGUACCAUUGAGCAAUCUCCAAUCACCGAGGAAGACCGUGAGAUACAGCUGAAAUCUCCAGAAAAAGCUAAAAAUGUAAGAGUAAAAUCUUAAGUUUAGGCUUUUAAACUAAACCUAAGUUUUUGAUCAAUUCAUGAAGAUUGUUUUUAAACAUAUCAACAGCCAAGUUCAUACUGAAUUUGAUUACAACCUCUUCACGUAAAUAUUCAUGUCUGAAGUGAAUCUAUCCCUGAACAUUAAGAGCUCUUGAUACAGGAAGUGUACAGUAAAAGUUAGCAAGACAUAAAAUGGUGAACUGAAGAACUGACAAUGACACUGUUAACAGUUUAACAGCCCUGCAUUUGAUCAUGUAGAUGAGGAUGUGUUUAUUUAUCUCAAUUACUAAAGUAAACUUGAUACCUAUGACGCAUUAUACUGUAUGUAGCUACUGGCUCUGUGAUAAGCUGAUGUCAAUGUAUUUUUUUAAACUAAUAUUUAAAAAGAAAUUCCUCUUUCUGAUUUAAAUAUAUCAGAAUCGUAAUUAAUAGUAUUUACCCACAGAAGGACUUUAAUGUGUCUCUUUAUUUUCUGUAAUUACUUUGUAUUUUAUGGCAGUUUUUUAUUUGGUAUUUUGUUUUGGGUUUUUUUGACAAUAAUGAUGAACCAGCAUUGUAGAAAUGAGGAAUGAUGUUGUCAAAGGUAAAAUCCUGGAGCUGCUCGUCUGACAAUAAACUGGAGGCAGACUUUGUGCACACUGACUGUAUUCAGUGAGCUUGGACCUUGAUGGUGCUUUGAGUCAAAGUCAGAUGAUGGAUGGUAUCUCCAGGUUUUGUGUCUUUUCUUCGCAUCUGAUAUAAUUACCUUUUGUGCUAUUUUUGGGUGAGCACCCAUGUAACAUAGCUGGGCUGUUAAAGGAGGUAACAGUAUUUUUUAAAGAUGAUUUGGAUGUGGUUGAAGUUGCAGUGUGUUUUAUACUGUAGUCUGGGUGGAUUGGAUGAAUGAUUACACUGUUAAUCAGGUAAUGUUUAGAUGUUAAUGGAGAUUUCAGUGUUUUUUAUUUGUUUUGUAACUUUUGUAUACUUGUUGAUAGUGCAAAUGAUUGAACAGUUUGCAUUCGUUGGAAAAACACAUGAAAUGAGAAUUUUGAGACGAGAGUUUUGCCUUAAUUGUCAGAUGAUGGAAGUUUGUCUGAAGUAAUGUACAUAAGACACUUGAGUUUUGUUACAUCAAAAAGUUAUGAGAAUAAAAAAGUUAUGAAAGUCA